AUGUCAGGAGCCAUUGUCGAUACCCUCAACGUGGCCUUUACGGCCGGCUCGGUGGUCGCCGACACCUUUGGCAUUCGAGCCCUUCUCGAAUUCAACAGAUACGGCACCGCCACCGUGGCUCCGCUGCCCACCCAGAACCUCAAGGCUUACUACAUCCGACGCAACCGACGCGACCGCAACCGAAUGGUCAACGUGUUUGCCGGCAACGGCCAGCUCGUCUACACCAUUGAGCGGAAGACCCAGUUCUCCACCGUGUGGUCCGUGCUGUCCACAGACCGACGCGAGGUGGCCACCGUCAAUGCCGGCCUCUUCAACCGGUGCUUCGACUUCCACAAUAAGCCCGAGGUCCAGCACCGAGACUUGCUGGCCGAGACCGGCCUCACCGGCAUCUACCGCAAGUUCUACCUUGCUGACGGUGCUGCCUACGAGUGGUCGCGGUCCUCGGGCUUCCUGGAGCGAAUCGUCAACCCUGGCGGAGGCGACGAGGAAAUCCGACAACGGGUCGCCAAGGCUCGUCUGAUGCGACAGUUUCGAUUUGACUAUGAACUGGUGGUGGAUGAGAGCGGCAUUGACGCCGACGUGGCUAUUGUGACGGGCUUUAUCACCAUGCUGUGCUCCUGGGGGCUGGGCAACUCCACUGCCACUCGUGGACCCACCUACAUCCCCGGUAACCCCGGCCCCAACCCUGCGCCUCGUCCGCUCCCUAUGCCUACUCCUGCUCCAGGGUACCCUCUGCUGCCUCCUGGCGGGCCCUUACCCGGCCCCAUGUCCGAUCCCAACAACGGUGUGGAGCUGGUUAUCCACAGUGGGUCUGGUACCCAGAAUGCGACCACUACGGUGAGCCUGGACGAUGACAAUGUGUUUCUGGUGCUGGACGAGGCCGACGAGCACGGAAACUUUAUGAGCAAUGACGAGCUGUUGCGGGAGGUGGAGCGGCAGCUGGGUGUUUGA